GUCGAAAGCACCCCCCCGCGCCCGCCAAUGAGCGGGCAGGGGCGGGAUUUCCGCGGCGAGUUCUAGCAAGUUCGAGAAGGGUGCAUGGUUAGUCGGUGAGGUGCUCGGGCCGCGCUGGGGAUGGAUCUAGCGAAGGUGAAUGAACUCAAGGAGAAGGGUAAUCAAGCCCUGAGUGCUGGGAAGAUAGAUGAUGCCAUCAUGUGCUACAGUGAAGCCAUUAAGCUGGACCCCAAGAACCAUGUACUCUACAGCAAUAGGUCAGCUGCUUAUGCGAAAAAGGGAGAUUAUCAGAAGGCCUACGAGGAUGGCUGCAAAACUGUUGAAAUUAAACCAGAUUGGGGCAAGGGUUACUCGAGGAAGGCUGCAGCCUUGGAGUUCCUCAAUCGCUUUGAGGAGGCAAGGAAAACGUAUGAGGAAGGUCUAAAGCAUGAACCAGGAAACCAACAGUUAAAGGAUGGAAUGCAAAAUGUAGAUGCCAGGCUAGCAGAAAAGAAAUUCAUGAACCCAUUUGCCUCUCCAAACCUAUACCAGAAACUGGAGAGUGACCCCAGGACGAGGGCUUUACUCAGUGACCCUAAUUACAAAGAAUUGAUUGAACAGUUGAAAAAUAAACCAGCUGACUUAGCCACGAAAUUACAAGAUCCUAGAGUUAUGACAACUCUAAGUGUUCUGCUGGGAAUUGAUUUGCAAGGCACAGAGGAUGACGAAGAGGAUACUACUCCAGCUCCACCUCCACCUCAGCCCAAAAAAGCAACUAAACCAGAGCCUAUGGAAGAGGACCUUCCAGAAAAUAAAAAGAAGGCAUUGAAAGAGAAAGAGCUGGGUAAUGAAGCCUACAAAAAGAAGGACUUCGCAACAGCAUUAAAACACUAUGAUCAGGCAGCAGAACACGAUCCUACCAGUAUGACCUAUUUAACCAACAAAGCAGCUGUGUACUUUGAGCAGAGUGAAUUUGACAAAUGCCGUGAAACCUGCGAAAAAGCUAUUGAGGUGGGAAGAGAAAACCGUGAAGAUUACCGCCAAAUUGCAAAGGCAUAUGCGCGAAUUGGCAACUCCUACUUUAAGCAAGAGAAGUAUAAAGAAGCUGUUCAGUUCUACAACAAAUCCCUCGCGGAGCACAGAACUCCUGAGGUCCUAAAGAAAUGUCAGCAAGCUGAGAAGAUCCUGAAAGAUGCAGAGAAGGCAGCAUAUAUUAAUCCAGAACUUGCCCUGGAAGAGAAAAACAAAGGCAAUGAUUUCUUCCAGAAAGGUGAUUACCCACAGGCAAUGAAGCAUUACUCAGAAGCUAUUAAACGUAAUCCGGAUGAUGCAAAACUCUACAGUAACCGAGCUGCCUGCUAUACCAAGCUCUUAGAAUUCCAGCUAGCUUUGAAGGAUUGUGAGGACUGUAUCCGCCUCGAUCCUACAUUCCUCAAAGGCUACACACGAAAAGGGGCAGCCCUGGAGGCCUUGAAGGAUUUCUCCAAAGCCAUGGAUGUUUACCAGAAAGCACUUGAACUAGACCCCAACUCCAAGGAAGCCUCUGAAGGCUACCAGCGUUGCCUUAUGAUGCAGUAUAACCGGAACGAUACCCCAGAGGAGGUAAAGCGCCGUGCAAUGGGUGACCCAGAGGUGCAGCAGAUCAUGAGUGAUCCUGCGAUGAGACUGAUCUUGGAGCAAAUGCAGAAAGACCCACAGGCACUAAGCGACCAUUUGAAGAAUCCUGUUAUAGCCCAGAAGAUUCAAAAACUUAUUGAUGUCGGCCUAAUUGCAAUCCGGUGAUGAUCAUCUAGAUUCAUCAGAGACUCAAGGAUAGUCCUUCAGGAACGUGCCCUCCUGGGAUUUGGGGGGGGUUUGUGGUGGGUUGGGGAAGACCAGGAUUUAAAAAAAGUUAAAACAGCCAAAUGAAAUUGUACAGCAUCUCAUCUUGUAACAUCUAAUUAUUUAGUGAGAUAUAUUUAGUGUAAUCUUGAUACGAGAAAGGCCUGUGCACUUGUACUUUUAAUUUUUUUCGUUUGUUGGGUGACUGUGAAAUGUGCAUCUCUGCUGCUGUUGUCAUCUUGCAAAAACUGCAGAGAUGUUAGUGUUCAGAGGUUUUGCAGUUUCUUGAUUACACAAGAGUUGCAAUAAAGUAUUCAACCAUA